AUGUUAAAGGUUUUCCAACGUUUGGAACGUCCAUUUGAAGUUUUACAUUUACAAGAACACACAGAAGCUAUCAUAAAAGCACAAAAUGAACUUUUUGUCUUUCCAAAUUCUUCUCAAAAAAUUUCAAAUAUAAGCGAGAAUGUUGAAAUUGAAGAGGAAAUAUUAAUUGAAAAAGCAAUUGAUAAUUUAAUUAAAUUAUAUAUGGAAGCAUUCGAACAGGGAAUUCGUGCAGACGAAUUAGCUAUAGCUAUUGAAGAUUUUAAUUCAAAAAAUAAUUUAAAAAAUCUAGAAGAAGAAGAAAAUAAUUUAUUAUUACAUCGUCGGUUGCCUAAAUGGCAUUUUCAUUCUUCUUUGUUUUUUACUGCUACACUUUUAACUUCUAUAGGUUAUGGAAAUUUAGUCCCAAUAUCUCCAUUUGGCCGUCUUUUCUGUAUUUGUUAUGCAUUUCUAGGCAUUCCUUUAACUUUAAUUACAAUAGCCGAUGUAGCUAAAUAUUUAAGUGAUUUAAUUUUAAAUAUUGGGAAUUGGCUAGAAAAGAAGUUUGAAGGAAAAAAGAAGAAAAAUGAAAGGAAGGAAGAAGAAAAUGAAAUUAAAAAUAAAAAUAAUUCUAGUCCAAUAAUUAAAAUAAAUGAGGAAAAUGGAGGGGAAAAAGAAAGGAAAAAUGAGGAGGAGGAGGAAGAAGAAGAGACGGGUGGUAUUUUAAGACAACCUGGACCUUAUACUAAAACAAUGGCUUUUCUUUUUUGGCAUGUCCAGCCUGACUGGGGGUUAUUAGAAUCAAUUUAUUUUACUUUAAUUACUUUAACUGUAGAUAUGGUUGGCUAUAGUUAUAUUGAAAGAAUUCACACAUUGGGACGUGGUUUUCACCUCGGAUCGCUUCUUACAAUGUUAAAAUUAGGCAGAGGAGAUGCUGGCCCAGAUUCAGCCCGUUUACUUAGACAAUUACAUGCUGGGGCUUUUAUCCCUGCUGAUCUUAAAUUAAUUCCAUAUAUUGACCAAUUAUUAAGUCAACGCCCUUCUAUUGAAACUGUUUUGUUUGAUAAUGGAAGUGGACAAAAGUCUGGGUUUUCUUUUCUUCCUGAUCCAACAAAAGGAAAAGACGAUUUUGGUAAUCGAAAUGCAAGAAAUAGAAAAAGAAAUACAGGAAUAUUUGUUUAA